AUGGAAGGUAUUGAAGGUGAGGAACAUGGUACAACCCCCUUCACUAAUUUCAUGAAUACAGAACCUAGGUCCUUUUGCCGUGCAUUCCUGUCUACCUUACCAAAGUGUGACUCGGUUGAAUCUAAUAUUUGUGAAACUUGGAAUGGGGUGAUUGUCAAGUAUAGGGGAAUGCGAAUCAUUGACAUGUUAGAGGGAAUUAGAGGGUAUGUUAUGGAUAGGGUUGUUGUGAAGUAUGAGAUGAUGUUGAAUUGUACCGAUAUGUUAUGCCCUAGAAUUAGAAAAAGGAUAGAGAAGGAAAAGGAGGUGGCAAGGUUAUGCACUGCAAGACAAACUUUGCAUGAUAAGUGUGAGGUCAAGAUAGGUGUUGCAGGUUACAUAGUCGACCUAACUACUAGAUCUUGCACGUGUGGUUAUUGGUCGUUGAGUGGCAUUCCUUGCUGCCAUGCCGUCUCUGCGAUCUCCCACUUGAGAAAGGACUUGGACAGCUACGUGCAUUCCAAUUACUAUGUGCACAACGCCGAGCACGCCUACAAAAACGGUCUCCCAUGUCUUGAAGGGAGACAAGCUUGGCCUGCUGCUGAGGGCAUUCCAGUGUUCCCACCCAAACAACGAAGUAUGCCUGGAAGGCCCAAAAAAAAACAGAAGAAAGGCAGCCCAUGA